AUGGAGAAUGUAUCUCAUGCCCUUUUGGAGUGUAAAUGGGCAUCUGUGGUCUGGCAAGAGGCUGGGUGUGUGGCUUAUCAGAGUAAAGAGAGGGACCUUUCUUUUGAAGACUGGUUAUCUCAAGUCCUCCUUGGGGGUGAGGGAGAGGUUGCGAAGAGAGUGAUGUAUUAUGCUUGGGCCGUUUGGACCAACAAGAACUCUUUUAUUUUUGAAGGGAAGUGGCGGUCAGCCACGAGCACUAUCAACUUUGUUGAGUAUUACAUGGCGGAAUAUGACCAAGCCCGGGCUUCAAGGAACCUGCCAAGGCCGGAGCAGAGUGUGCAAGAGGCAGUCAAGUGGGCUCCUCCGAGCUCGGGGACGAUCAAACUUAGUGUUGAUAGGGCUGUUUUCAAUGAGGCACAUGCUAUAGGAGUUGGGGCUGUUAUUCGGGACCAUAAUGGUCAAGUAUGUGCAGCUUUAUCAGAAUGUAUGGCUGGUGCUUUUGGUCCCCAAGUCGUAAAGGCUUAUGCUUUAAUGAAGGGUACCCAAUUAGCCAUCCAUAUGGGUGUGUCGAACUUGAUUAUUGAAUCGGAUUCUCAUGUCCUGGUGAAUGCUAUUAGGUCUGAAGCGUAUGAAUUAGCUCCUUUUGGGCACAUUUUGGAUGAUAUACGAUCCCUUAUUUCAUGUAUAGGGAGUGUUUCUUUGCGUUAUACUCGUCGUUUAUGUAAUAGAGUGGCACAUAAGCUUGCUAGGAAUUCUAUCAACUUUGAUUGCCCUAUGCGGUGGAUAGGGGAAUGUCCCGAUUUCAUCUUGUCUGCUGUUAUUCAUGACAGUAUCCCUGUUCCUUGA